GACACAAAUAUUUCCCGGAGAAUGGUAGACAGCUAGAGGAAGGCGGACCGCUGAAAUCUUUAAUGCAUAUUCGCAUGUCAAAAGAUACGGGGGAACCACGGGGCGGCAAUAAACGGAGUUAACUCUCUUGCAAUUGACAUGUGCCUGAUAUUUGAACUCUCUUGCUCUCUGUCUCUGUCUGUUGAUCUGCAGGCGUUACUUCUGUAAUAAUCGGAGCCUUCCCUCGAUUGUGAAUUGGCGGAUCAAGACGCCAUGGCUAUCGAAAUCUCAACCUUAGAGAAACUGUACCUUGAUACUUGUAGGAAGCAAGGGAUCCUACCUAAUACUGCAAUUUUGUCCAUUUUUAAUAAGGCCCAGGUUAAAAAAUUCCACGAGGAGCAAUGCAUCCUUGAGGUUUUCUUGGACCACCUGAAGGAUAUUGAUUUUCAUUCACUUAUCAAAGUAUUCAUGGAAAUUGACGCUUCUGAGAUUAAUGCGGUUGACAUAUUUCAUGAGUCAUCAUGUGCACUCAAUGGAUCAUAUGCUUUAUCCUUAAUGCGUGCAAUCAAACAAAAGCUUAGAGUUGUUGAUCUCCAGGAUUUUUCAUUUGGAAAGGAUUUCUUGCUAGAUCUUGCUCGAAGGGGCUUGACAUGCCAAGUGUUAAACCUAAAUUUUUCCCAUUUCCGGAAGCUCAACUUGAUUGGAAAGUUCAUGCAGAUGCACACUCUUAACCUAGAUUUCAGCACUUCUCUCACUGGUUUCCAGAAGGAUUGUUUUGCCUGCAUGCCAAAUUUAAUGUGCCUGUCAAUGUGUGAAACAAGAGUUGCUAAUCUUUGGACAGCAAUUGCGGCACUUUCUAAACUCCCUUCUUUGGUGGAACUCCGGUUUCAGAAUUGUUUGUGUUGUAAGGACACAAGGCCUUGUCCUGCUUCAUCUGGCAGGAAGGCAAAUGGAAGAACUCAUUUGACUCACUUGGACAGUGGUCUUUAUAUUACAGCACCAUCCAACGAGGGCAGGGUAGGUGCAGAUGAUAAUACAAGGACAGAAGAGAUGCUUAGAAAUUUCUUUUCACUUAAUAAUGCAAUCAUGAAUCGAGAAGUUCAAAAUGCAACGGAGUAUUCUUCUGAUGAUAGUGAAGUGGAUUUUUCAUGUCAGCAGCAAGAAUAUGGUUUUGAGGAGCUCUUGUCUGAUGCAUUUCUUGGGUGGAAUGGUCAGAUUGAUGUUCAAGAUGAGGUCUCUUUUGGUACAUCACUCGCUCAAAAUGAAGUAGACUCCUCGGCAGGUGCUUUUAGUUCAAGGCAUAUCUCAGCCUUCACAGAUGUGGUAUUGAAGAAGCAAUUUACUCAUCAUCCUUCACCAAUAUGCUUUGAGAAACAUUAUAGGGAGUAUAUGAUAGCUUCAUUACCCCAUUUAAAAGUUUUAGAUAACGUGCCCAUCAAGAACAUUGAUAGGGAAUUGGCCAAUGUUGUCUUUGCACAAUACUUUGAGUACCUACCAUACAAAAGGAAGCACAGAGAAAGUGUUGUCAGUAUCUUGAAGGAGCGUGAGAUAAAAGCAAGUCAUACUCAUGUUAAAACUUCCAAGUCAAAGCCAUCAUCUUCAUCUGGAAAGUCUCAAUAUUUUUAUUCCAGGUCGCUUUGUGCUGCCAAAAUGGGAUCUGCUGCUUGGCCUCUAUUGCAGCCACUUUCUAUUUUUGGGGGCAAUUCGGGGAAUGAAAGUAGGAGCUUUCGUCCUAGACAGUUUGAGUACCAUCCAUCUAACUCUAGCCUAAUGGUUUUUGGAACUCUAGAUGGUGAAGUCAUUGUUGUAAACCAUGAGAAUGGAAGAAUUGUCAGUUAUAUUCCAUCACUAGGAGCAAUGAAUAGUGUGUUGGGCCUCUGUUGGCUCAAGAAUUAUCCCUCCAAGCUUAUUGCUGGUUCCGAUAAUGGUUCAUUGAAAUUGUAUGACACUCAGCAUAUGCCAUCAACCAUUAGGGGCAUGUCAUGCAGUUCUUGUUCUUUUGCCUUUGAUGAGUUCGACCAACUGACCUCUGUUCAUGUCAACUCAAAUGAUGAACUAUUUAUUGCCAGUGGAUACUCAAAAAAUGUUGCUCUGUAUGAUAUCAGCAGUGGAAGACGCUUACAAGUGUUCACUGAUAUGCACCAAGAGCUUAUCAAUGUCGUCAAGUUUGCAAAUCACUCUCCAUCCAUUUUUGCCACCUCAUCUUUUGAUCAGGAUGUCAAGUUGUGGGAUUUAAGACAAAAACCAAUACAGCCUUGCUAUACAUCUUCAAGCUCUCGAGGAAAUGUUAUGGUUUGCUUUUCUCCGGAUGAUCACUAUCUUCUUGUGUCAGCUGUUGACAAUGAGGUUAGGCAACUCUUGGCUGCUGAUGGUAGGCUUCACUUGAAUUUUAAGAUAGCCUCAACAGGAAGCUCUCAGAAUUACACUCGUUCUUAUUACAUAAACGGAAGGGACCACAUCAUUAGUGGGAGUUGUGAUGAACACGUGGUCCGCAUUUGCUGUGCUCAGAGUGGAAGGCGACUUAGGGAUAUAUCUUUGGAGGGUAGAGGCUCAGGAACUUCAAUGUUUGUGCAAUCUUUGAGGGGUGAUCCAUUUAGAGAAUUCAACAUGAGCAUCUUAGCAACCUAUCCUAGCUCACAAUCUGAGAUUGUCAAGGUGAAUUUGCUAGCAUCAAGUGAGGAGGGCAAUGCCCAUGCUUUUAGUCGAAAUCCUCGCCCAUCUAACAGCAUGGGAGGUUGAUGUAUUUGCUUGCACAUACAAACAUUAUGUUCUCGUCUCCACACCAUAUUGAUAUGGCAAAAUGACUGCUUGGCUGCGGGAUCUGUAAAUAAUCUUCAGCAUGUAAUUUCAAAUUCUGUAUGUUGUAGUAUGAUGUAUGAAUACCGUAACAUUGGAAUUUCAAUAUCUACCUUCUUGUAUAAUUCAUAUUACGGGAUGUAUAAUGUUGAUGGUGCCCAGCUUGACUCCCAAAAAUCCACCUUGUAACAUCUUUAGCAAAUGAAAGGUAGCAGAAUCCAUGAUCAUGGGCAAAUUGUUGAUCCUCAUGUGGUGAGCACUGUGAUAUUUUGGCUUUUUUGGAAUUCUUAUAUUUAGGAACUCAUCAAUUCGAAAGUAAAAUGAUUUGAUCUGGAUA